CAGCGCCAUAGGUGGACUUGUAUAUAGGCCGUGAACGUCGCUUUCUUCCUCUCCAUUCUGUCUUGCUCUCACCAACCCACUUUGUCACUCUUUCACAAGCCUGCAUACCACUUUGACUGUCUAAGUCUGUCCACUCUUUCUAACACGAAUAAUCACCUAUAAUCUCUUACAUAAUCACCUCCAACCGUCAAAAUGCAGUUCUCCAUCUUCACAGUUAUUGCCGCUGCUGCCAGCUUUGCUGCUGCCCUUCCCACGGCCACCUCCGCUGCCGCUGCUCCCUCCGCUACCUGCGGUAAGCUUGGCAACUUCCACAAGACCACCGUCAAGGCCGGCCAGACCUUGACCAUCAUCGCCAAGCGUUACAACUCCGGUAUCUGCGACAUCGCGUGGCAGAACAAGCUCGCCGACCCCAACGUCAUCUACGCUGGCCAGGUCCUCCUCGUCCCCGUCGACGUCUGCGUGCCCGACAAUACCUCCUGCAUCAAGCCUGCCGGCACCGCUACCUGCGUCACCGGCGGCCCUGCCACCUACACCAUCAAGUCCGGUGACACCUUCUUCGUUGUCGCCCAGAGGCUCGGCAUCACCACCGACUCUCUGACCGGUGCCAAUCCCGGUGUCGUGCCUGAGAGCCUCCAGGUCGGCCAGGUCAUCAACGUUCCCGUUUGCUAAAUUCUCCAUGAGCUUUUGACAAGGAACUCACGAACGUCAUGUUCCCCUAAGAAGUAGGCAUUAGUGAGAUUAGAUAACAUGAAAACAGACGAAGCGUUUCCUGGCA